UUAAACUGAUUAAACUUACUUUACUUUGACUACCUGCAUUCAUAUUAUAUGCAAGUAGUACAUUUAAAGGUUUUAAUUAGUAUCAACGCAGUGUAGACUUAUUUGUAUGAUUCACUUGCCUGACAAAGUGCAACCUUGCUUUACAUUAAAAACAACAGUCCCCUCUGUUAUAAAACAUAUAUUAAUUUAGCUUACUGAUAAGUGACAGCUUUUGCACAAACUGAAUGUUUCACCAACCAAUUUGCAGGUCUGUUUGAGGCCUAUAUAACCUCUAUUCAGGAGGAGACAGAAAUGUGGAAAACGCGAGACUGGCAGGUGCACACCUCCCACAACAAGCCAAUGCCAGACACCAAGAGUGUGAGGGGGCAGAUGCACUGUGAUCGAACGUCAGAUCAGCCUAGAUAUCUGAGUCAAAGCAGGAACCGAGUCUCAGAACAUGAUGACAGAGAGGCCCGGUACUGGAGUCGCAAACUGUAUGAAUUUGAGGCUGGUGAUCCCGACAGGUGGGGACAUAGUGGCUUCAAGGAGCUUUAUCCUGAGGAGUUUGAAAGUGACAGUGAGAAAAAGGUUCGGCGGCACAAAAUGAAAAAGUCCAAGUCAGACCCAGAAGCGAGCUUAUCAAAAAAAUCCAAAAAAUCCUCUCGAAAGAAGAAAAAGAAAAAGAAAGAUGAGGAGCAAAAGCGUAAGAAAGACGUGUGCUCAAGCAGCGACCAAAGCAGCAGUGACAGCAGUGCUACUAAAGACAAGCAGCAGAGGAAAAAGACCAAAAGUCGACAUAAAAACAAGAAAACUGGAAAAAAACAGCGGAGGGACGAAGACAGCAGCUCGAGCGACGGUGAUGGCAAAGAAGAAAGACAGAGAGGGACUCAAAGGCGCAAAAAGCGAAAGCUGGACUGCCAUAAAGAAUCAGACUCUGGGCCGGACACAAAAAAGAGGAGCUGAAACUACUGUAAAGCAGCAGGGCAGCAAGGCUUAAGUGAUGGUUCCUCAGAUUGAGACUGAGAGACAGACACACAGCUCAGGUAACGACCGGGAAGAGAUAUUAUUUUGUUCAUCUUUACUU